AUGGCAAGAACAAAACAAGCUGAACCUUUGCGUCGCAAACCAUCCUCAGAAUACACGAGUAAAGCAGAUGAAACUGGUUCAAAAAGUUUAAGUGCUAGGAAUUUGAGCAAGGAAAUGAAUGGGAAUGCGUCGGCACAGAAUGGUGCGCUUAAAGGCGAUGCGCCGUUGAAAGCGAAGGCACAGAAAGAAGCUGGCGCAUGGCAGUUGAUCUUUGCUGUUGCUGGAAUUUACGGCAGUUUUCUUACAUGGGCGCUCCUUCAAGAACGACUUACCACUACUCCAUACGGACCAGAAAAUGCACCCGAAAAGUUCAAAUUCCCCGUCUUCCUUAAUACAGUACAAUCUCUUUUUGCCGCCACAGUAGGCUAUAUCUAUCUGAGAUUCGACACCCCCGCCAACAGCAAAACGCUACCCAUCUUUCCAAGCCAACGAAUUCUCCUUCCCCUGUUCGUCGUGGCCGUUACGUCCUCACUCGCCUCCCCUUUUGGCUAUGCAUCUCUCGCCCAUAUUGACUAUAUAACGUUCAUUCUCGCCAAGUCAUGCAAAUUGCUACCCGUCAUGUUCCUGCACAUAACCCUCUUCCAGAAACGUUAUCCAUUAUACAAAUAUCUCGUCGUCCUUGCUGUAACAAGUGGUGUCGCAGUCUUUACUCUUCACGCCGGUUCUCCUCAUGCCAAACCUAGCAAAGCGGCGCUCAACCCUGAUCGCAACACUUCAUGGGGACUUUUGCUCCUAGGCGUAAAUCUUCUAUUUGAUGGCCUUACAAACACGACACAAGAUUGGAUCUUCCAAACCUUCCAACCUUACAAAGGACCACAAAUGAUGUGUGCAAAUAAUAUCAUGAGCACUUUGAUUACAACUUCAUAUUUGUUACUGUCACCAUAUCUUGUUCAUACCGGGUUGGGAGAGUAUCUAGGUAUGGAUUUGACAAGUGGAGCAGGAGAAUUGGCUGGCGCAAUGGCUUUUAUGCAAAGACACCCCGGCGUUUGGAAAGAUGUACUUGGAUUUGCAGCUUGUGGUGCUGUGGGACAAGUCUUUAUCUUCUACACACUUUCGACGUUUUCAUCUCUCCUGCUAGUAACCAUAACUGUUACCCGCAAAAUGCUCACUAUGAUACUAUCAGUAGUAUGGUUUGGUCAUAAAUUGGGUGGUAAACAGUGGAUGGGUGUAGGUUUAGUUUUCGGUGGGAUCGGUGCAGAGGGCGUCAUUGCCAGGAGAGAAAAGGCGGCUAAGGAAAAGAAAAGGUUGGCUGAAUCCGGAAAGAAGGAAUUGUAA